CCCCAACUGGUCAGUCUGCCCACCGCCUGGCGUCUGCGAGUCCGCGGCAGGCCCCUGGCGCAGGCGUCCAGACCUUCCCUUUCGGAGGCGGGGGUCCGAGUCCUGUCUUUUCUUUCCUGGGCGUCCACCUGCGGGAGGAUCGUUGAGGUCACUGGGGAGAACAACCACAUCUGAAAGUCUGGGGCCCGCUACACCAAAUCAUUCUGUGCCCAGGAUCAAUAGCAAACCUUCCUUUUGACCUGUCAGAGAAAAAAAAUUCAUCAUCCUAGAAUAUGGCAGGUAAAAAAGUGCUCAUCAUCUAUGCGCACCAAGAACCUAGAUCUUUCAAUGGAUCCUUGAAGAAAGUGGCUGUGGACGAACUGCACAAGCAGGGCUGCACUGUCACUGUUUCGGAUCUCUAUGCCAUGGACUUUGAGCCGAGAGCCACAAGGAAAGAUAUCACUGGUCCUCUUUCUAAUCCCGAGUUCUUCAGUUACGGGGUGGAAGCGUAUGAAGCCUGCAAGAAGAGGUCUCUUACCAGUGACAUACUUGAUGAGCAGAAAAAGGUUCAGGAAGCUGAUCUAGUGAUAUUUCAGUUCCCACUGUACUGGUUCAGUGUGCCGGCCAUCCUGAAGGGCUGGAUGGACAGGGUGCUGUGCCAGGGGUUUGCCUUUGACAUCCCAGGAUUCUAUGAUUCCGGUUUUCUCAAGGAUAAAUUGGCCCUCCUCUCGAUAACCACGGGGGGCACAGCCGAGAUGUACACGAAAACUGGAGUCAGUGGAGAUUUUAAAUACUUCCUGUGGCCCCUCCAGCAUGGUGCAUUGCACUUCUGUGGAUUUAAAGUCCUUGCCCCUCAGAUCAGUUUUGCUCCUGAGUUUGCAUCAGAAGAAGAAAGAAAGGCGAUGGUGGCGUCUUGGGCCCAGAGGCUGAAAACCAUCUGGAAGGAAGAUCCUAUCCCCUGCACACCCUCUUGGUACUUUGGGCAAUAACGCUCUCUGUCAUGUACACAUCACACGAGCAACACACCAGGAGAUGCAAGCACAUGCAAAGAGAACACGAUGCUGUAAUAACAUUAAAUUAUAACAAAGUUA